CACAAAACCCAAGGCCAUAUUGUUACCGUGCGGUUUGGGUUUGUUUGGGGGACUGUGUGUGUAAAGGAUUUUCAAGCGGGCGGCUUCGGAACCGGCGGCUUCUUGUGCCCCCACCCUCCUCGGCUGCGGAUUCGCUUCCUCAAGUGAAGGGGUCGCUACGACUCGCCACUCUGCUGACCUUGCAUUCUGGAGGGGCACUUUGGAUCAAUUUCUCCUUGAUUGUGGCUGGCAUUUAACAGGACGUUCGGUUGGAAAUAAAUGCAUUGCAGCCGCUGAAAGGAGACAGCAAAAGAAGAAAGGUCGUUUCUCUUCUCGGCUCGCUCCUUAGUCUCCGAGUUACUCGCCUGUCCCCCGCCCCGAGCAUCCCAGGUGUCUUAGCAAGGGUGGUGGCUUUCCUCGAUCAUGUCCCGGCGAAGCCAGCGCCUUGGCACUGUCCGUUAUUACCAAAGUGAUGAUGUUGAUGAGGGCAGUAGUGGCAGCGGUGGGAGUUUACUGCUUGGUAGCCAGCAGACCCUCUUCAAAGACAGUUCCAACAGCCGGAGCAUACGGAAGAAGUCAAACAGCAUAAAGCGUCCCUCUCCGGCCCCAAGCCUGGGAUCCAACACUGCUGGGCAUACCACCUACUACAGUGAGUCCGUGGUUAGCGAGUCCUACCUGAGUGACGGCAGGGGGCGUUCUGCCCGGGUCAGUGCUGCCUUGGAUGAGCCACUGAACAGCAGUUCUUACUGGAACGAGGAAUCUUUAGCUAGAAGAAGAAGAGGCACUGGAAGUACAGAGUCCAGUAAAAUCAACGGGCUGGCGGAAAGGAAGACCUAUGACACCUAUGCUUCUUCGUCAGGCUACUCCUCUGAGGAUGACUAUGCAGGUCAUAGUUCCUUGGAUCAGAAUGCCUCUGGUUCUGUGUUCAGGAGUGCGCUCUCCAAAGCAGGCUCUUUUCUGUGGCUGGUGCUAACAUCACCAGGCCGAUUCUUUGGGCUUUUAUACUGGUGGAUCGGGACCACGUGGUACCGCCUGACAACUGCAGCCUCGCUCCUGGACGUCUUUAUCUUAACAAGGAGCUAUCCAGUCUUGAAGAGGCUUCUCUUGCUGCUGCUCCUGCUGUUGCUGCUGACUGCUAUUGGUUAUGGUGCUUGGUAUUUUUACCCUUUUGGGCUUUAUCCUUCUAUGUUUUCUUGGGGAGCUGCAAAGUUGUCCCCCCCUGUUACCGAGAAGGUGUAUGGAGCUGGAGAUUUGACAGCACUCUAUGAGGCCCAGCAGCGGGUUUUAUCUCGGCUUCAGGCCCUGGAGAAGCGUUUUGAAACUUUGGAGGAUGUUGCAUCAGUGCUGGAACUCCAGAAAGGCACAGCCACGACAGGAGCAGCUUUGCAGCAAGAUGAUGUCUUGGUGCUUCUGGAUGGGGUGGUGAAAAGACGAGAAAUGGCCAUGAGAGAAGAUUUCCGCACAGAGACAGAGCUUCAUCUCCAGAGUGAGCUGGAUGCUUUCCAAUCCCGGGUGCAGAAAGAUUUUGACAGUCUCUUGGAGAAAGUGUCUCAGGCUUCCCAGGAUACGGAGACUCGGAUGGUCCAAAUGACUUCACAGUGGCAAAGCUCUACACAACAAAACCUGAUGGGUAACUUCCAAAAGGAGAUGGGUAUGCUGGAGGCACAGCUGGCAGGCCUGAAGAAGGAAUUUUCGACCUUGGCCACAGAUCAGAAGGCCUUGGCGAAACAAGUGGAGUCUGUUCCAGGACAGAUCAAGAGAGUACAAGAGGAUGUGGAAAUCCAGUUCCCCAGGUGGCUUAGCCAAUUCUUGGCACAAUCUAGGCAGGAUGGAGAAGGCAGUGUAUUCCUGCAGCGUGAGGAUCUACAGGAACAGCUCCGCAAACUGGAGCUCAAGAUCCUGGCCAAAGUCUCUGAGGACCAGCGAUUGUCUGCACGGGACGUCGGGGUAGCACUCCAAAUGGAAGGAGUCACAGGAGUGACGCCAGAGCAAGUGGACCGCAUUGUGAAGCAGGCCCUAAGACGCUACAGUGAGGAUCGCAUUGGAAUGGUUGACUACGCCCUUGAAUCUGCAGGGGCCAGCGUGAUCAGCACUCGGUGCUCAGAAACCUACGAGACCAAAACAGCCCUGCUGAGUCUCUUUGGGAUCCCUUUGUGGUAUCAUUCUCAGUCUCCACGGGUCAUUCUGCAGCCAGAUGUCUACCCUGGGAACUGCUGGGCUUUCCAAGGCUCCCAAGGCUUUGCUGUCAUCCGCCUUUCAAGCAAAGUCCAUCCCACUGCAGUGACACUAGAACACAUCCCCAGAUCCCUCUCGCCCAAAGGAACCAUUCCCAGCGCCCCCAAGGACUUCACAGUCUUCGGUUUAAAUGAAGAAGGUCAGCAAGAGGGCAUUCACCUUGGGAAGUUCAUGUACAACCAGGAUGAGGACCCCAUCCAGACAUUUCCUUUGCAGGUUGAAGAUCAGAGUGCAGCCUUCCAGCUGGUGGAACUGAGAGUUCUUAGCAACUGGGGCCACCCCGAGUAUACCUGCAUCUAUCGCUUCCGGGUACACGGAGAGCCCGUCUCUUAACCCCUCCCAGUGCCACACCCAUGCUAACUGGCUACCUCAAGUUCUUCGCCUCAAGAGUGACAAAGGCAGUGCCAGAAAGGAGAGCCGCAGGGGUUGGGCAGCACUGUUUUUGCUGUGUUGCUCGUAUGUGGGGAGCGGGCACUCAACAGCCACCUUGUGGUCAAUUUAUUCUCUCAGUGUGCAGAGAGAGAAGAGGGCUCCUCAAUGUGUUUCUUUUAUAAGCCGCUUUCUAACGUGUGUUUUCUCUUUUUAAAAAGCCUAUGCAGUUCAUACUUUCCUCACAGCCCUCCCCACAAGCAAAAAAUUGCUUUCCAGGUUUUUAUUUGGAAAGCCUGUAUCACGAUCCCCUAGUAGAUCUAGCGCUGUAUGCCUAAUUAUAUUGUGCAGGAGCUUUAGUUUAUGAAAUCUAUCCUGCUUGAGGACAGUAGGUGGCUUCUAGACUGUUGCUCUCUCUCUCCCCCCUUUCUGGGAUUGAUGGAGCUCAUUGCGGCUUUUACCUCAUUUAUAAAAGCUGGCUUGGUGUUGACAGCAGUAGGGGCCUACAGGGCUGUACAGUAGGAAUGGGCAGAUAGGCAGAAGGGAGUAUUCACUUAUUUAAAGGAAGCUUUUAAAUACCAGACGCUGUGGUCUUGAAGGACAUGACAAGUCUGAUUUCAAAGGAGGAAAAAGAAGUAAAAAUGCAAUAUUGAAUAUUAUAAACUUCCCAUUCCUGACAGGGCAGGCUACUGUUCAGACUCAAUGUUAUACUGCGGUGUUGACUUUCAUUUUUGAAAUGUCAAGGGGGGUGGGGAGAGAGAGCCUUGGGCUCGAGAAUUUCUUCCUAAUACCAGAUAAGUUGAGGCUGAUAGCUGUUGUUCAGGGGUGAGGGAAUGUAUUCUGUACAACUCUGCCACCUUCCAUUCUCAUGUAGCAUAUUUCAACCCAGCUACUAAAGUGCAGCUUGUGCAGCAAUGCAAAUAUAACCCACGUUUGUUUACUUUUAUGUCUAAUCUCCUAAGGGCUAAAGAAGAGCCACUGUCAGAAAAUGCAGCGACUGUUGUGCUAGCUAAAUGCAACGUUUUACCAAGGUCUCGGGCUUUUCCUUUGUGUAGAGACGGUGUUCGUCUAUGUACCCAUUGACCACAUGGAAAAUGGCAGGUGUAUUAUUGUCCUGUUACAUGGCAGGGAAAACUUUUUCUACAGUGCUGCACCUGGACUUCCUGCUCUGCACAUGCAGCCAAAUGAAGGAGGUCAGAGUUCCAAAGCAGGGAGCUGCAGCAGUGGGGAGGCUGAGUGUUUGUGAUAACUCCUCUGCCUAUAAACUGCCUGCACAGCAGGGAACAGGCUCAGCCUGGUACCCUUUCCUCACUGCUGCGCUACUUCUAAACUACAGGGGCUUUUUGAGGGGUGGGGUGGAAUGUUAAAAAAUGGAGCCCCUUGCCUUUAGUCGGAAGCCGACUACCUCAUUUGGUUACAGGUGCAAACCAGGCCAGUCGAAAAAUCCAGGUAAUACUGGCUGCUUUCAUGGUAGCUGUGGAGCCACCAGGGUGUUCAGCAAGAGCUGCCACCUGUAGGAGUUUCCUGCAUAUUUUCAUCCAUUUUUCCCCUGCAGUUUUAUCCUGUCUUUCCAUACAUGCUCCACCGUGACUUUGUAUGGGUUCUCAAGCCAUCACAGCUGCUGUGGCCUCUUCCUUUCUGCACACAUGGAACCAAGGAGGCAAAAAAAAUAUUCUGUGUGGAAGCAGUGGGGGCAAUAUUCUUAUUGCCACCUAGUAAAACAGCACAGCAAAGCUAGCUUACCACUUGGGUUACAUAUAUAACUUGGUGGUGAAAAGGGUUGUCACGUCACAGCCAGUUUAAUGGCUUUUCAAGGCAAGUGCUGCUCAGAGGUGGCUUGCCAUUGCCUGCCUCUGCGUAGCAACCCUGGACUUCCUUGAUGGUCUCCGAUUCACGUCCUGACCAGGGCCCAGCCCUCUUUAGUGUCUGAGACUGAGCUAGGCUGUGCUGUCAAGACCUGUGGUAACUCACCUCUUGGCAAAUGGUUGCUGAGAGCUGUAU